GGCGCCCCUUUGUUGCAUGGCGCUGUCCGGCUGAGGGCAGGGCGGCCGGUCGGCCGGGCGCGCGGCGAUCGUUGCUGCCUCCCGCCGCCCCAUGAGCUCCCUCGCCGCGGGGGCGGCCCCGGCCGAGGGCCCCGCCGUGCCCUACGCGGUGGAGCUGGGGCUGACGGUGCUCCACACGGCGCUGUACGCCGCGCUCUUCCUCUUCGCCUACCUGCAGCUCUGGCUGCUGCUCUAUUACCGCGAGCGGCGGCUCAGCUACCACACGCUCUGCCUCUUCCUCUGCCUGCUCUGGGCCGCCCUCAGGACCACGCUGUUCUCCUUCUACCUGCAGAACUCGCUGCAGGCCCUCCGCCUCCAGCAGCCCUUCGCCCACUGGCUGCUCUACUGCCUGCCCGGCUGCCUGCUCUUCGCCGGCCUCUGCCUCCUCAACCUCUACUUCGCCGAGGUUAUAUUCAAAGUGAAAUGUGCAGCUGAUUUCAACAAGUACAAGCUUCUGCUGUAUCUGGGCUCCAUACUUACCAGCCUCCUCUUCCUAGUUGUGAACUUGACGUGUGCGAUGCUAAUCCACAGUGAAGUCCCUGAGAACCAGCUGAGGCGGACAGUCCUUGCCCGUGCUCUAGUCAAUGACAGCCUCUUCAUCCUCUGUGCCAUCUCGCUGGCUUGCUGCAUGUGCAAACUGGGAAAGAUGUCUUCAGCGAAUGUCUACCUCGAGUCUAAGGGAACAUCUGUCUGUCAAGCUAUUCUUGUGGGAUCUGUAGUUGCUCUUCUGUAUUCCUCAAGGGCUUGCUAUAACCUGGUAGCUGUGGCCAUAUCUCCAGACAGUGUUCCUGGUCCAUUUAACUAUGGCUGGGACAACCUUUCAGACAAGGUGCACGUGGAAGAGAGCAGUGAAGAAUACGUGGUGUUUGGAGUGGUCCUUUUCCUCUGGGAGCUGGUGCCAACGACUUUUGUAGUGCUGUUCUUCCGAGCUCAGAGGCUGAGUCAAAAUUUGACUCCAGCAGGAAUGGUCAAUAGUCACAGCUACAGCUCCAGAGCCUACUUCUUUGACAAUCCAAGGCGCUACGACAGCGAUGAUGACUUGUCACGGCUUGGGGCCAGAGAAGGAGGCUUGGCCACCCCUCAGUGCUCUGGCUGCUACGGGUCUCUGGCUGGGAACGACAGCUACACAGCGGGUCCCCCCCCCAGUGGAACUGGUACCGACAGUGCCCCGCUGCUCUCUGCUGCAGGCAGCUCGGAGCUGAGUAACCACCACAGCUCAUACCCUGCAGCACAGAACUGAAGAGGCUGCGAGGCCCCUUUUCUCCCAGAAGUGGCAUUCAUGUAUAGGAUUGUAACCUGGUUUUCUUUCCCUCUUCCCCGAAGCAUCUAACUCAUCGACACAAACAUUCCAUUACCUGCUGCAGCCGUAAGCAGGACGGAGCCUAUGGCUGCAGGCGGUAAGCGAGAGAACUGUGACUUCAAGGUACCAUGUAGCAAAGUGAAGCUGAACUCUCUGGAAGCUUUUUCUUGGUCUGGUCUUCAAGAUGUUGGCAGCUAAAUGCACCAGAGCUUCCUCACUAGAAAAGAAACAUCAAAUGCAUAUUUGCACUUUUAUCUGCACACUUGGAAGGAAUGAAUCUUGCUCAGACUGUGUCUGGUCUGAGACUGUUCUAGUUACUCUUUUAAUUGCACAUCCAUAGCUGGGAGAGGCACUGUCUUCCUGCAAAGAUGUAUUCCGUGAAGUACUCUGCAUCCUGACUCACGUGGGAGUGUGAAGCUGGGCUAACAGUGUUAUGGGCAGGGCCUCCUGCAGUGUGUUCGCGUGCCAUAUUCGCACCCUGGGGGGCUGCUGCCUCUGGGCUGAGAGCAGGCCUUCUCUGACUGCUGGUCCUUCCACCUGGAGGCUGAACCAUCCUGCCUGGGGCGGUGGGCUUGGAGCUGAGCUCAAAGCAUAUCUGUAGCAAAGACCUGUGAUGGUGAGAUCGAGUGCUCCUGGCACGUUGGUGACGUGCAGCCGUGUUAUGGCAGGGCUGCCUUGGGCUGCAGCGAAGGGAGGGAGCGAGGCUCUGCAGGCUGCUUCCUUUUGGGAAAGCUUAGGGCUGGAGCGGCCUCUGCAAAAGUGUGCCCAGGAACACGUGUGGCCUGAGCUGCAUGUGAAACUAGAGCUGCUUUUCCCAGCGUGGGGCCUCUCCUGUUGCCCCUCAGUACUGAGUUGCAUUUAGCAGAGGACAAGACUUUAAGCUGACCAAAUGUGAACCAGCGGGGUCACCGUGGAGGUGCAGGAUGCCUCUUGUUGUGGUGGCUGCACACGCAGUGGUAAAGCUACAGAAAUCUGGGCCCUGGGCUCUUUUCCUUCCUCUCCUGCCUCUCUCCUGAGCCUUGGCGCAGGCUGGGGACCUGGAGUCCUGCAGCAGCUGUGCUGGGGGCUCAGCAGUGCUCGCAGGGCUUGAGUGUGCUGGGUCAGGUGAGGAGGAUAUCGCUUUCCAGAUGCUUCUCCCUCUCUUGAACUGGAAUGGCCAGGUUUGACUUGGUUUGCAGCUCUGGGCUCUUGGAGAUGAGACUGUUUAAGACUGGAUGUUACUCCCAGCAUGUCUCUGAGCCUCCUGUGGGAUGAGCAGAGCAGCUUUGGCCACGUGCUUGGGUGGGAGGUGCUGGUCUUAGGCAAGCAGCUGCUCUGACCUCUAGUGAAAACUUGAACUGGAACUGCUUUUAACCUACUUGAAGCUGCUCAAACACCCACCUGAUGCUGGGAGAGCUGGCUGGCUGGAGGCCGUGCACCUGUGAGGAGCAGCACAGUGCAGCCUGGGUCUGCCUGAGGGGUGGCAGUGGGUGCUGAAGGCCCUGGGCAGCUUGUGUCCACAUGGCAGUGUGUGAGGAGCCCUGGGGCAGCCCUGGCCUCUCCUGCAGCCUUGCCCUUUCACAUGGCAGGCGCCCCGUCUCCCACCUUGCUUGUGUUGAGCUGAUGUCACUGGUUGCACUAGAACACCUUUCCUCUCGCUGUGCUGGUGUGUGGCCUCCAUGCUAACCUGCCUCACUCUUACUGGCCCAGAAAAAGAGCAACCUCUGCUGCUGUUCGGGGAGGGUGUUGAGACCACAGCUUCUGGCGCAUCCCUCUCCUUUCGUACUUGAACCAGAGAUCUUCACCUUGACUGCCACCGCUCCCCUGGCUGCUGUCCCCUGGUGUAACAGACCUGCCUCCUCCCUCCGGGCUGCACAAACAGGUUGCUCCAUCUCAAUCGCUGCUUGGCUUACAGCAAAGCUAACGAAGGACGCAGCCCGUCCUGUCCUUCUUCUGCCACAAGUCACCAAAGACAAGAAGUGACGCUGGCGGCCCCUGUUCUUGCUUAAAUUCCAAAGCACUCGGAGCACUUUAAGUUUUUCUUUGGAGGGAAGGGAGCGUAGUGCAAAAAAUAAAAAUAAAAAACUAAAGGGCUACAGGCUCAUUGUUCGUAUUGCACUGAAGCACACAACCAUUCGAUCUUCCUGGCGCUGGGCUGGCAGUGAGUCUCGUUGCUGAUGUACUCGUGAGUGAGUGGCGGAGCGGUUUGCUUUUAUUCACUUGUACGGAUGGCCGUUAAUUUCACAACUCUGGCUGCUCCUGCUGGGGUCGUCUCGUGUUUUACUGAAGUAAUUUAUAGCUGAGAAGUACAAUGACUUUUUUAAUGCAUAGUUGCCUUUCAUUGAACUUCUUUAUUAUUAUUUUUUUUGUGUGUUCUUUAACAGUGUUUUGGCUUUGCAGUCUGGCAGCUGCUGGCUGCGACAGGAAGCUGUGGCCAAUGAAUGUACCUAUUUCUUCUUCACUAAACUGUAACCAAGCACUACUAUGUUGAAAUAAAAACAAGUUUCUGUG